AUGGCUUUACGACUAAACGAAACGAUCGGGUUCAUUGGUGGUGGCAAUAUGGCUUAUGCUAUUGCGUCUGGUCUGCUCAACAAAGGUGUCGUGAAAGCGGAACAGAUUUGGGUUUCGGCCACAAACCUUGAGAAUCUGCGAAACCGUUGGAGCCCACUGGGAGUUACGCAUGUUACCAGUAAUAACAAAGAAAUAGUUUCCGAAGCGGACGUUAUUUUUAUCUGUGUGAAGCCACAAAUUUUCCCCCAAAUAGUGGGGGACUUUAAUUAUGCAGCAGAAAAUCAUAUAAAUUUGAAGGUUAAACUAUUUGUUUCUAUAAUGGCAGGUGUUACGCUUCAUCGCUUGAAGCAACAUCUGCCACUGGUAGACAAUUCUAAGUUGGUCCGCGCAAUGCCCAACACGCCGAUGCAAGUUGGCGUUGGUUGUAUAGUGUUUUGUCGAUCGUGCUCCACCAACGUUAUCGAGCCUCUGUACGAAGACGUUAAGUUAAUGUUUGGAACUCUUGGACUUGCUUACGAAGUGCAGGAAAGCCAAAUUGACGCCGUUACCGGGUUGGCUGGCUGCGGGCCGGCUUAUGUGUACGAAUUUAUCGAAGCGCUGGCCGAUGGAGGAGUGAAACAAGGUAUCCCACGUGCAAUGGCCCUGCAACUUGCUGCCCAAACGGUAAUGGGUGCGGCAAAGACCGUAUUGGAUACGGGCAAACAUCCUGCCGUGCUAAAGGACGAAGUAUGUUCACCAGGAGGAGCGACUAUACAUGGAGUACAUGCAUUGGAGACGGGAUCGAUGCGCGGCACCGUUAUGAACGCAGUGGAGCGAGCAACUAAUCGAGCCAAACAGCUUUCCUAA